GUGUUAGAUGAAUGUCGUUUAUAUGAACUUACCGUUGGUUGCUGACGAGGAAGGAUCCAUCCAAGAUGUUCUGUGCAUGCUUCCGCCUCACUCGCAACCGGAAAAGCUAGACGACCUGUUGCAGCAUCCUGGCAUGGCAUCGCACAUACUGGCCUGGUCACGUGUUGCCUCGGAGUCUAAAACGCCAGUUCCUUCAUAUCGAGAGUGUCUGAGCAUAAUUGCGUUCAGCACCUUUCCCCUUAAUGAGCCCGGUCUUAAGAAUACGAAACUCUACACUUUCGGGGCGGGACUCUUUUGGCCAGCUGCGCACCGCAUGAUGACGCCGGUGUGCUGGGAUAUCAACGUUACCAUGGAUAUUAUAGGACGGGAAUUAACCGUACAUGCUACGCGAGAUAUACAGACACUUACCGCGGAACUGCGUGAUCUGCGUUACAACGAACUGUUGAACACUUUCGGACAUUAUCAAAUGACGCGGACGGAACGCCGGAAAGUAUUUCAAGACAUCUACGGUCAUCCCUGCAAUUGCCGCAUGUGCUCUGAAAGUUACGAAGCAGAAAUCAAUCCUCUAAAGUGUGGCACUAUUGGUUGCACGGAGCGACUUCCCAGUGACGACCGUGCUCUAUCAGCGUGCCCCAACUGUGGCGCUAUCAACGAUCGUCGCUUAACGCAGUACCGGAAGUUCCUGGCGGACUACGAAAUCUCAGUUCCGAACAUCACAAGUAGAGAAGAAGGAAAUGACAAAAAAGCUGUUCUCUUUUUGGAGAUGGAAAAAGCUGGAAUUUUACAUUCCGAUGCGCACAUACGCUUCGUAUGCCAACCAGAUCGAUGGCAGGAAUGGCCUGGCGAAGACAAGGAAAAACCAUAUAUUCUGAUGCAGGAGCUUAUCGUAUGCGUGCGAGCGUUGUGCCCGAAGCUGAAUGUAUGGCGUGCUCACCAUUUGCUGCGCAUCUGCGUUGAUUUACUGCGAGAGAGAGAUCGGGUCGGCGACUUGGCACGCUCUCUACCGCGGCCCGCAAGAGCGGAAUUCAAAGCCAGGAUGAACGAUGCCGGCCCGUUAGCGCUUGAGUUGGCGAAGGAAGCACGUGAAAUUUCUACGAAACUCUGUGGAGCGGAUUCACACUUGGCAAAUUUCUCUCUUAGGCUGGUCAAGGAUGCUGAAGAAAAAGUUAAGCACAGGAUGUUUAGCUUGGAAACUCGAUCCCGUAAACGGACAUGACUGACUGAUAGCAUUUCACUCGAUUACAAGCUAUCUGUUUUUGGCAUAGUACAGGUAUAUGAUCGCCAAUCUCUACUAAUCAUACUAAACAAAGUUUUUGUCUGUACGCGGUUUCAUGUCCUAACGGGAUAAUAAUAACUACUUUAU